AUGGAUUCUGAAAUGGAUGUUUCUUCAACACAUGACAAAUCUUCUGAUCAAUCUCAUGAUAAAUCAGACCAAUCUUACCCUAUGGAUGUUGAUAGUAAAGAAGACGUAAAAAAGGAACCAGAUCCGGGUCAACUAAACAAAUUGCUAGAUGAUAUCGAGUCUGAAGUUCACGAACAAAUAUGUUCUGAUCAGUUACCCAGUAAACAAAGAUUAUCAAAAUCUGCCAAGGAUGGGGAUCACAGACAUCGAAUGACAGAAAAGGAGGAAGAUGAACAAUUACUUCAACAAAGUGCACUGACUAGUGGAAGUACUUUUGGUCUUGGAAAAACUCUUCAAACAAUUUCAGUCCUCGGAUUUAUCAAACAUUACAAACACCAAAACGGCCCUUUCCUCAUUAUUGUCCCAAAAUCAACUUUACAAAAUUGGGAAAAUGAAUUUAAACGGUGGUGUCCUUCAAUCUCUACAGUUACUUUAAUUGGAGAUCAAGAAGCCAGACAAAAAAUUAUUCAAGAAACUAUUCAACCACACAAUUUUGAAGCUUUAAUAACUUCUUAUGAAAUGGUUUUGAAAACUUUAAGUGUUCUAAAAAAGUUUAUGUGGCGAUAUUUAAUUAUUGAUGAGGCACAUAGAAUUAAGAAUGAGAAGAGUAAAUUGUCUGAAAUGGUUCGCCUUCUCAAAUCAAAAAAUCGUUUACUCAUAACUGGAACCCCAUUACAAAACAAUUUACACGAACUUUGGGCUCUUUUAAAUUUUCUUUUGCCUGAAAAAUUUGGAAAUUCUGAUGAUUUUGAUGCAAUGUUUGCAGAAGAUAACGUUUUGGCAGAAAAUUCAGAUUUGGUUAAAAGACUUCACAGAAUUUUGCAACCUUUUCUCCUUCGUCGUUUAAAAUCUGAUGUAGAAAAAAGUUUAUUGCCCAAAAAAGAAUUGAAGGUUUAUGUUGGAAUGUCUAAAUUACAAAGAGAAUGGUAUACAAAAAUUUUAAUGAAGGACAUUGAUAUUUUAAAUUCUUCUGGAAAAGUGGAGAAAGCUCGUUUAAUGAAUAUUUUGAUGCAUUUGAGAAAAUGUACAAAUCAUCCCUAUCUUUUUGAUGGAGCAGAACCGGGCCCACCUUUUACUACAGACAAGCAUUUGGUUGAUAAUUGUGGAAAAAUGGUUCUUAUCGACAAAUUACUUAUUAAAUUGAAGGAACAAGAAAAAGGCUUUUUCCCCUCCUUUUUUCCCUUUUCAAAGAUCCGUUAG